ACCAAUUUCAAAAAUACCUACGAUUAGACUUCACAUUGCUCUCUCAUUUUUGAAGUUACUUGUUCUUUUAACUUUUCAACACCUUGGCUAACAAGUGUCAUCCGAAUUCCCUGCUUCCGGCCUGCCAGUUUCAUAUGCCGAGAUCCUCUUUUACUAUGAAUUUAAUGACUUAAAAAAACCUAAUGGAGACCAUUUCGUUUUGUGUAGAUAGGCUUAGGCUUUGAUAUUAAUUUUGUGCUAUAAACAAACCACAUCAAGUUAAAAGGGAAGAACAGCAGAAACAAGAACAAACCUUUUAAUGCUUUUAAACCCUACCCCACUUAGGAGGGAUGGAUCUCCGUCUAUGUACAUGGAGAGAAGACAAAAAUGAACAAGCGUGGAGCAUAUAUGGGUCAACUCAUUUAAUGAUAUAGCUUCAACCUCUCUCUCACUCUAUACAUACCCAUAUCACCUUCAAUCCUCUUUUCUUAUUUGAUUCGCCUCACUAGGACCGUAUUUUUUCUCUUACUUUAGUUUCAGAACGGUACAAAGAGCUGCAUGAAUGACUAAGUAGUCUCAAAGAGCUGCAUGAAUAAGCCGUACAAAGAAGAAAAAGCAACCCUCGUCUGCUUCUAUCCAGAGAAGAUGGGAUGGGGAUUUGUAUUAAUGAUGAGCUUGUUGAUGGGUACUGUUGUUGCAGGGUGGUUUUGGUAUAAAAACAAGGAGGAGAAAAAGAUGAAGAGUGGGAUACCGAAAGGGAGCUUGGGUUGGCCUUUCUUAGGUGAAACUCUUGACUUCAUUGCUUGUGGUUACACCUCUCGACCUGUCAGUUUCAUGGACAAACGCAAGCUCCUGCAUGGGAAUGUGUUCAAAACACACAUCUUGGGAACACCUAUUAUAGUUUCAACUGAUCCCGACGUGAACAAGGUGGUUUUGCAGAACCAUGGCAACACCUUUGUUCCUGCUUACCCCAAAUCCAUCCGAUUGUUGCUUGGCCCGUCUUCCAUACUUCAAAUGAAUGGUAACCUUCAGAAGAGAGUACAUGCACUCAUUGCAGGCUUCCUCAGGUCCCCGCAGCUUAAAACCCGUAUUACUACGAACAUUGAGAACUCUGUGAGACAAACUUUGGGUUCUUGGCAACACAUGCAGCCCGUACAUGUUCAACAAGAAACCAAAAAGAUUACGUUCCAAGUCUUGGUUAAAGUUUUAAUGAGUGUUGAUCCCGGUGAAGAUUUGGAGUUUAUGAAGAGAGAAUUUGAGGAAUUCAUCAAAGGUUUGAUUUGCUUGCCAAUCAAGUUUCCAGGAACAAGACUAUAUAAAUCUCUCAAGGCCAAAGAAAGGUUAGUAAAAAUGGUGGAAAAGAUUGUGAAGGAGAGAAAAAUGGGCAUGGCGAAAACAGGCGAAAACAGUGUGGUCAAUGAUGCAGUGGACGUCCUGUUACGUGACAUUAGUGAAGAAGGUGAUGAUGAUGAACAAGGAGAAACAAAAGAGAAGCAAUCUUUGCCGUUGGAUUACAUCAGUGGGAACAUAAUAGAGAUGAUGAUCCCAGGAGAAGAGACGGUUCCCAUGGCAAUGACCCUCGCUGUCAAAUUCCUCGGUGACAGCCCUGUUGCUCUCCACCGGUUGAUGGAAGAGAAUAUGGAACUGAAAAAGCAAAAGAUGAAUUGUGGUGAAGAUUAUAGUUGGUCUGACUACUUGUCUUUGCCAUUCACUCAAAAUGUAAUAAGUGAAACUCUUAGACUGGCAAAUAUCAUCAAUGGAGUUUGGAGGAAAGCAGUAAAGGACAUUGAUAUCAAAGGCUAUCUGAUACCACAGGGAUGGUGUGUUCUAGCUUCUUUCAUUUCUGUUCAUAUGGAUGAAGAAAAUUAUGAACACCCUUAUCGUUUCCAUCCAUGGAGAUGGGAGAGACUUGGAACUGCUGUUAACAACAAUAGCUUUACACCAUUUGGAGGUGGGCAGAGGCUUUGCCCUGGUAUAGAACUAUCAAGGCUUGAAAUUUCAAUCUUCCUUCACCAUCUCAUCACCAGUUACAGAUGGGUUGCUGAAGAGGAUCACAUUAUCUACUUUCCAACAGUUAGGAUCAAGAGGAAGCUGCCAAUCAGAGUCACCCGCUUAUGAAACUACCAUUAGUUUGGCCCAUCAAGGACAGUCUGUAGUACAAUAAUAUCUAAAGCAAAAUAUUUUCCUUCCUUAAUUGGAUAAUACAUAACAAGACAGAAACUUUGGAAGGAUUAUUGCCCACUCAAAAGGGAGCCACUGGGGAAUGGCCAUUUGUACAGAUACAUUGAUCUUUUAAAAGAUAUGAUAGGACUGUGCAUUAUGGUGUUAGUUCUCAUGUCACCAUCCUUUUUUUCUUUCAUAGCAUUGGAGAGGUCCCAACUGGGGCCCCUUUUUCUUUGUUCCUUCUAUAUUGAAUGCAUUGUCCAAAUCCUUGUUCCAUUGCCUCCUCCAAUAAUUUUGGCCCUGCUAUAGAUCAAUCAUCUUCCAUGGCUAAAAUUAUCUAACAGAGGAUAUUGUCUUCUAGAUUACAUCAGUGAAAGGGCAAAAGAUGAAGCAGAUUGCAAUUGCAACCAUGAAAAUGAGUUGUAAACAUCUGUUCUUCUUUGUUUGGUCGAAACUGGAAACAGGGGUUCACUGAUUGAUCAACAAUGGAGCUGACUGAUCCCGAAUGGAGUAUGGUUGAUGUCUCGUAUAAGAAAAACUACUGAUAUUGACAACACCAUAUCUCGUUUUACACUUGGAGAACUUGAAUCUGAUUGAUAUAAUUGUAAUUAUUGAUUCUAUUUAGUCGGAAAGAAUAUAGUGGCUCAGGUAUCUUUAGUCACUUUAGGCCAUAAAACAAAAAAGGUGAGAAAUGGAAUCUCAAGAAACCUGAAACAUGAUAAAUGAAGUAUUACCAUAAAUGAAACUGUAUCCCUCUUCCAUAACCUUUUCUUAGGUCAAUUGGCAAUAAUCGGAAAUCACAAGCUUCAUUAUAAAAUAAAAUUUAAUCUCAAAUUAUUUCAGAUCUUGAUUCACUGUGCUAAAAAUAAGUCCUCAACCAAGGCCAAAUGGAACUUUUGAACACCUUUCUGUUUCCUAGUCCUAAACACAAAGAUACAAAUUUCCAGUCUAUAAAUGAAAAAGUGCAGAACUAGAGAAACCAACAUCAGAUGUCUAAAUGCCAUUAAAUUGUAGACCGGCUGGCGUAACCAAACAUUAGGACGGAAACAUAAUUAAGUUCUUAUAAACCGUCUCAAAAUCAGCAUAACAUCGGAAGACAAAGCAUAUAAGCAAGUGAAAUUUCAAGCCAUGGCCUUUUUCUUCUCUUCCUCAAGCCCCUGCAGUUCCACCAGCCUUUCGGCCCAUGCUCUAUCCCUAGCCACUGCAGCCAUCUUACGCUCUACUUGCUUAAUCUUCUUCUUCCUAUUAGCU